GGAUGACAUACGGAUGCGUUUCGGGCAGUGUGCAGGCGGCAACGGUCGAUUUUUAAAUCGCAGGUCCAACGGCCCUAUACACCUGCAUGUCAGAAGAAACUUCUGCAGUAGUCGCGUGGAAGUGUGCCUGCCUGCGAUUCAAUUGAUGGUAGACAUGCAUAGGAGAUUCCCUCUGCUGGUGCUUGCUGUGGUCGUCUUCCUGUUUGUCGUCUUCCUCCACGUGUGUUUGUCAUGCCGACCGUGGAAGCAACAUCACAAGCGGAGGGCGUCAUCGAAACGGCAGGCAGGGGAACGUCCGAUGGCGGGCAUGCAGGCACGCGCGGAUGUGGCUGCAGGUCACAGCGGAAGACGACCUGCGACGGUAGGACAGGCAAGGCGGUACGACCCGUCCAUGUACGCCCAUCUAGAGUCGUGGGAGACGCCACUGCCCCCGUCGGACGAGGAGCCGGAGACGGAGGAACUCCCAACGUUGCCUCUCGCCAGCGGGUCGACGCAGGUGUUGUCGCAGACGGUGCGAGCAGGCGGGGCGACUAGCAACGAAGGCGGCGAGUACACCUCACUCCUGCGCCAAGGCAGCAAGGCUUGGGAGACGACGACGAYGGAGGACUUGAUCUCAGGUUCGGGUUGUGUUCUGGCGGCGCCAGGGAGGCCAUCGCCAGCAGGCCGGCAGCAUGGAUCGACUGCACCGUUCGCCAAUCAAUUGACAAGUAGCUGGCCCGCACGCACUGGAGUCGCAGCUGGGUCCCUGCGCAUCGGCGGUGCACGUCCUUCGAUGCCGAACCGCACAACGCYGACCGAACCCGACUUGAGGGACGAGGGCGCCCGCAUACCACUGGUGCGUCCACGACCCACUGUGGAGAACAUCACACGAGGAGUGUCCAACAUGCGGGCACACAGCGAUGGCGGCGACGACGAUGGCGGUGUCGGUGACGAUGCAGACGAAGGAUUCAGGGAGGACGUGGAAGCAGGGGACGACGACGACGACAUUCCUAUUCGGCCUUUGGGGAAGACGGGUGGGAGGGGGAAAGGACGCGGCAGAGGUGCUGUUCGUGGUCGAUCCGUCGGCCGUGGCGGCAGAGGUGGCGUCAGCGACGACGGCGGGAAGUCUGCAACGUACUGGUCUCCAAAAGAACAAAUGGCCCUCGACUCCGACAACAACGCAGGCACUGGGGUUGUAGGCGGGAAGCGGAAGAAUGUGCGUCAACAGGCGUUGGAGUCGAUCGCUGAUGUCAUGGACCGCCAUGGCGAACUGAUGUCAGCGACGAUCGAUUCAUCUAGCAAGCGGCAAUGCAGCAUAUUCACGAGGCAAUGCAACAUGCUCGAGCAGGAAGUUGCAGUCCAAAAAGCGCACUAUGCGGCAUCCGAGGAGAUGCAGAGGAUGAUGUGCCACACGCUUAUGGAGAUCGCAGCCGCCAUCCGUGGUCAGUCGCCAAUACGAAACACGGGCGGACUGCCCGCCACACCGUCUCAGCCACGUCAACGCAAUCCGGGUGAUGACGGAGGGUCCGUCCAGCGUGGCGGCGGGGGGGAAGUCGUGGCAGAACCGCGCGCAGUUGGCGGCAAGGCGGCAGGUGGUGCGGGUGCGGGUGCUUUAGGCACUGUGGCCCCCGUUGCGGCGGCGAGAGAGAAUGCGGCAGUUGUUGCGACGGCGAGAGAAGAGGCGCGUGGCGAGAACAUAACUGAUCAGGACGGUGGCAACCCCGAUUCAAGUCGGGCACGUAGGGGUGUGAUGAUGAAAGAUCUCAUCGAUAGUGUCAUGCUUUGGGUUGACGACAAAGCUUUCUGGAUGACGGGGGAGGGGCGAAGACUAUACAACAUCGUCCACGAAAUGAAAGAGUACUUUGUUGCCAUCGACAGCGGCCUUUCAGCGCCUGUCGUACCUCGGAGCGUGGUCCUGCCCAAAUCCAGCACGAAGGUGGCCAGGAUCACUGACCCAUCACAGCUGCAGCAAGCGAUCUCCCGUGCGGUGGCAAUUGAGAACAUUGCUCUGCGCAUCUUGCACGGCUGGAUAUUCAAGUUCGGGAACCGCCCAAGGGGAUACAAUGUGGCUUUCCAGUACUCGCUGGAAUCCGUGGCGACGGACAUGCGCAUGGAAUGUGGUACGGCGCCCUCCGCGUUGCACAGCCAGCAGCGCUCUCCCAACUUCACCGUGUAGGGCAGCAUCGUGGCCGCUUUGCUCGCAAUGGCCAAGGAUCCGCAGUGCCUCGCCUGCCCUGCCUAUAUCCUGUUGCGC